AUGGUGGCUGCAAAGAGGACAGAAGAGUUGCUGGAGUGGAUCAAGUCUAGGCUCCAACUUGUUAUAAAAAGUGGAAAGUAUGUACUGAGGUAUAAGCAGACUCUGAAAAUGAUCAAACAAGGCAAAGCAAAACUGGUCAUCCUUGCUAACAACUGCCCAGCCUUGAGGAAAUCUGAAAUAGAGUACUGUGCCAUGUUGGCCAAUCAUCACAGUGACAAUAAUACUGAAUUGGAUAAGUGUGAAAAAUACUACAGAGUACGUACUGCUAUCAUUGAUCCAGGUGAUUCUGCUAUCAUUAGAAGUAUACCAGCACAGACUGGAAAAAAGUAA